CCUUUUCCAUGCUCUGAAUGCGACCAGCGCUUCCAUACGGACAAUCGCCUGACCAUUCAUGUCAGAGAUCAUCAUAGUGGACUCACUUUUGAAUGCUCCGAUCCCGAAUGCCACGAAACCUUUCGUACAAACGCACUCAUGACCCAACAUCUCAUAAAACAUGUACUCCCUGUCGAAUGCUCCAAUCCCGAAUGCAACGAUCACUUCCGUAGCCUUAGACUGAUGAAGAAGCAUGUCCGAAAUAGUCAUGGUGCACCCACUUUCGACUGCUUUGAUCCCAAAUGCCCCCGAAGCUACAAUUCCGCGUACAGAAGGAACGAACAUUACAAAGCCCAUCAUGGUGCCCUCACUAUCAAAUGCUCCAAUACCAAAUGCUCCAGAAUGUUCCGUAUCAGUUCGCAAAUGAACAAGCAUUUCCGAACUAGUCACGGUGCAGCCACUAUCGAAUGCGCCAAUAUCGAAUGCGACCAUAUGUUUCGUACUAUGGGACGAAUGGAGCGACAUGUCAGCAGAAUUCAUGGUGCAUGCACUAUCAAAUGCUCCAAUACCGAAUGUGACCAACUCUUUGGUACCAAGGGACAAAUGAACCAACACGUCCAAAGACAU